CUCACUCAGUCUUCCAAUUGCCCAGGCUGGGCUCAAACUUUGAAUCCUGCUGCGUGAGCCUCUCAGCGUGCCGGGAUUAUUACAGGUGUGAGCCACCACACCUGCUUACAAAGCUUAUUUCCAAAAGGGGAACAGAUGAGCUGGCUACUUCCCAGAGGGAGUAGGAAAUGACCCGGGUCGCCCGUGCUGCACUGCUGAGCCUGCAGGUCAGGUCUGGAAGGUCCCUCCUGCUGGAGCGGUCAGGCUGCGUUUAUCUGGGAGUUUAAAUCCCUGGAAGCUCUGCAAGUUGUGCAUCUACUCUCCUCUCCGGAGCCACUGUGUGACAUAACCAAGACCCUCAUCUAGUUCUUAAACUCAGCUGGCCUGUGUGGUAAGCUAUUCUGGGGAGCAAGAAGUUGUUUACAUUCUUCAUUUCUGAAAAGUCAGGGGCCACCAGUAACUUAAGAAACGAAAGUAAAAUCAGCUGAUAGUGACAUCAGCACAAAUGUACCAAAGUUCAGAGAGCUGUUUACUCAGACACAACUGCGAAUGCAAGCAAGACAUCAGGAGUGUGUCUGCAGCGAUUCCCCGCCACUGCCUUCACUCCUGGAGCCUGACUUUAGAAAGCCAGCAAGAAGCACAGCUCACCACCCAGACCUGACUGCCUGCUCCACUGUUUUAUGAGUGUUCCUGUGGGCUCCAAACCUUCUUUUUGUCCCCUGCAAAGGCCAGGAGAGAUGGCUGCCUCCAGGGCACGGCGAGGUGAGCACCUGCCCUUCGUGGGCAUAAUGACCCUCGUGGCUGUGGUCAUUGCCCUACUAUUCUACACGCUCCUCUGGAAGGCCGGCAACUUCACAGAGCUGCCCAACCUCAGAAUCGGCUUCUACAACUUCUGCCUAUGGGAUGAGGACAUCGGCUCCCUGCGGUGUCACCAGUUCCCAGAGCUGGAGGCCCUAGGGGUCCCUCGGGUCGGCCUGGCCCUGGCCAGGCUUGGCGUGUACGGAGCCCUGGUGCUCACUUUCUUUGUUCCACUGCCUCUCCUCCUAGCCCAAUGCAAUGGCAAUGAGGGGGAGUGGCAGCUGGCGGUGGGCUUCCUGGCCACAUCCUCCAUGAUGCUGGCCAGCGGCCUGGGCCUCUUCCUCUCCUUUGUGUGGAAGUGGACUGGGCUCUCCCUGCUCGGGCCUGGCUUUCUCAAUCUGGUCCUGGCCCAGGCCUUGCUCAUCCUGCUGCUCAGGGCAACCAUCCUGUACCGUCCAAGGACCAAGGUGGACAAGACCAAGCUUGAGGCCUGCUAGUCCUAUCUAAAGGCGGAAGUGAUUGCAAGGGUUCAUCCCAGCAGUGCUCCAAGCAGAUGCCGGAGAAGCAUGGGCUGGCCCUUCUUCCCGGACACCUUGUUUCAUAGCUAACGCUGAUCUCAAGCUCCAGCAGACAAACGUCCAUGGAGCACAUAGGGCCCAGGGUCCAGGAGACCAGAACAGUUGGGGUGCUGGGGCGCCGCAGCUUCUUAGUAUAGGACUGUGUCCUUCCGAGGACACCCUAGAACCACGCAGCUCAAGGCCACAUGGAUUCUCGCUAUCAUUAACCCACCUGGGUGAUUCUUGCUCUAAACUCAGGACAAGAGGGAAGGAGUCCUGUGACGGGGAGAUUUCCAGACUGAUCUGCCAAAUCACCAGACUGCAGCCCAGUGAAGGCUGAUGGCAACUAAGGGGACCAUGCUAUACUGAGAGCACCUCGUGUCUCCAGGGCCCGGCUAGCAAGUGCCUGCUCCUGUUCUGUGCAAGUCACUGUGUGGGCCACUCCAAGGACUCCCCUUCCAAAGGCCCCAGAAGGACCCUGGAGGGAUCCAACAGUGGAACAUGCAGGGCCUGAUGCAGAUACAGCAGGGGUCAGCUGGCCAACCACUACCACUAGGUAACCCAUGAGUUUGGAGAGAAAGUCGCAAUGCUUGGGCAGGAGAAGGAAACUGAAUGGCUCCCCUGGCGCUUCUCUAGCCGGAACCGCAAAGGAGAGAAGCAUAACAACUCAUGUGUUGGGAGGAUUUUGUAUAUUUUUCAGUACCUACAGAUUAGAAUGAUUUCCUCAUUCUAUACCUGUCUAAAGCUGCACUGAAUACAGAGACAGAAACACAGGCUCUGGCAUGGUCUUUUGUCUGUAGUCCAUCCUCUGUGCUCCUGUCCUACUCUCACUUCACAGGAAGAACGGGGGAGGCCUAUCUAGCUCACCCAUCUGCAG